AAAAAGCUACACAGCUUUCAAACUUCAUUAUAUUCAAUCAAUAUGUCUAUUCCCGAGAUGCAAUGGGCUCAGGUGGCCGAAAAGAUCGGAGGGCCCCUGGUUUACAAGCAGAUUCCAGUUCCCAAGCCUGGCCCAGACGAGAUUUUGGUCAAGAUUCGUUACUCUGGUGUUUGUCACACAGACUUGCAUGCUAUGAUGGGCCACUGGCCGAUUCCGGUCAAGAUGCCCCUUGUUGGAGGACACGAAGGUGCUGGAGUGGUUGUGGACAAGGGAUCAUUGGUCAAUGAAUUCCAGAUUGGUGACCAUGCUGGAAUCAAGUGGCUCAAUGGGUCUUGUACCGAGUGUGAAUUCUGCAGGCAAUCCGACGACCCCCUGUGUGCCCAGGCAAAGCUUUCUGGGUAUACUGUAGAUGGCACUUUCCAGCAGUAUGCAGUCGGGAAGGCGACGCAUGCCUCCAAGAUUCCUAAGGAUGUCCCUCUUGAUGCUAUUGCUCCGGUCCUGUGCGCUGGAAUUACUGUCUAUAAGGGAUUGAAGGAAUCUGGAGUUCGACCUGGCCAGACAGUCGCUAUCGUCGGGGCUGGAGGUGGCCUCGGAUCUCUUGCUCAGCAGUACGCAAAGGCCAUGGGAGUACGCGUUAUCGCCGUUGAUGGGGGUGAUGAGAAGAGAGCUAUGUGCGAGAAAUUGGGCGCUGAGGCUUAUGUUGACUUCCUGAAGUCCAAGGAUCUAGUGGCAGACGUCAAAGCGGCCACUCCUGAAGGCCUUGGAGCUCAUGCUGUCAUCUUGCUUGCAGUCUCAGAGAAGCCAUUCCAACAGGCUACCGAAUAUGUUCGUUCUCGGGGAACAAUCAUCGCUAUUGGCUUGCCCCCAGACGCAUUUUUGAAGGCCCCUGUCCUCAAUACGGUGCUGCGGAUGAUCAGCAUUAAGGGUAGCUACGUUGGAAACCGACAGGACAGUGUGGAAGCCAUCGACUUUUUUGCUCGGGGUCUGAUCAAGGCCCCGUUUAAGCUGGCCCCGCUGAAGGAUCUUCCUGAGAUCUUUGAAUUGAUGGAGAAAGGAAAGAUUGCAGGCCGCUAUGUGCUCGAAAUGCCGGAGUAGGGUAAGGAGUGGAUCAGGAUGAAGAUGGCCUGGAUUAUAGCUAGGAGUUGAGAUGAGACAAAUUGUCGGUUUUGGAGUCGAGACUUGACGUGGAAUACGGAAGGUUAUUUGAUCGUGAACAGGGUGCGAGAUUGUCUG